GACAGAGAGAGCGAGAGCGAGAGAGAGAGAGAGGGAGCGAGACUGCUACAAGCUUGGUGUUUCGAUCCUUAAUCUCCUUUUGCGGUCCUCUCUGCCUUCCUUUCUCUCUCUAUGAAGGUAAUACGAUUCCCUACAAUUUACAAUUUCACUGCAGUGAAUCUAAUGAAUUCCCUUAAUGUAUGUAGGUCAUUCGCAGCCUAAAAGCCGCUUUUCCUGUUCAGAACAAUUUCGGAGGUGUAAAUACAUUCAUCUGGACUGUGAAAUCUGGAUUUUUAGAGCAAGACUUUUCCCCAGAUUUUCUUUGCGGUAGAUUUUUCCAUCAUCCCUUGAAGUCCGGACUACUGAAAACGACCCAGAUGGUGCAGAUAGGGGGAAGGCUGAUCAAUACAACGGAAAUCAAUUCUGGAAAACAGUAGCACCAGCAAAAAAAAAGAAAAAAGAAAAAACACAACAAAAAAAACCAACGUUAACUGUCGUCCUGUUGCCUAGAGACCGAGUCCUCAAAUAAGCCAAGCCCCGCCUCCUGGGAUGGGGAAUGCUGUGAGGGCCAAUCUGAUCAGGGGCCGUUCCAUCUGCCAGUCUGGUGUAGCAGCCUGAAGCGAAGGGCUGACUGGGCUGUGGAAGUACUGGACCGUACAGCACCGGACCUUACCGGACCGUACUGCAACCCCUCCAGCAGUGGACCAUGUCGAGGCCCGGAGGAUCCGCAUGGCUACCGCUCAUCUUCACCCCUCUCUGCACCAUGCUGAAUGCCAACCUGGUUUUCUGGGUUGCCACCUUGGCUGUGCGGUUGACCGCGGUCACUGUCAGCGGUCAGCAGCCGCAGUAUUCUCUCGUCACCACAAACUAUGGAAAGCUUCGGGGAUUAAAAACGCCGCUGCCUAACGAGAUCCUGGGACCCGUGGAGCAGUACCUGGGGAUCCCUUACGCCGCUCCACCCACGGGCACGCGGAGGUUCCAGGCUCCAGAGCCCCCCUCCUCAUGGCCCGGCAUCCGGAACGCCACCCAGUUUGCAUCAGUCUGUCCCCAGUACCUGGAGGACAGGUACCUGCUGAAUGACAUGCUGCCUGUCUGGUUUACUGCCAAUUUGGAUACAGUGGUUACGUACGUGCAGGACCAGAAUGAAGACUGCCUUUACUUAAACAUCUACGUUCCCACGGAGGAUGGAGCCAACUCAAAGAGUCACGACGAUGAUAUAACCAGUAAUGAUGGUGGCGAAGAUGAAGAUAUUCAUGAUGAGAAUGGCUUGAAGCCAGUCAUGGUGUACAUUCAUGGUGGAUCCUACAUGGAGGGAACGGGAAAUAUGAUUGACGGGAGCAUCCUCGCAAGCUAUGGCAACGUCAUUGUGAUCACCAUCAACUAUAGAUUAGGAGUUUUGGGAUUUCUAAGCACAGGUGACCAGGCUGCUAAAGGAAACUAUGGGCUGCUUGACCAGAUCCAAGCAUUGCGAUGGAUCAAGGAAAACAUCCAGGCAUUCAAAGGAGAUCCGAAGAGGGUCACCAUAUUCGGGUCUGGGGCUGGAGCCUCCUGUGUUAGCCUGCUGACCCUAUCCCACUAUUCAGAAGAUCUUUUCCAGAAAGCCAUUAUCCAAAGUGGGACAGCACUGUCCAGCUGGGCAGUUAACUACCAGCCAGCCAAAUACACACGAAUGCUGGCUGAGAAGGUUGGCUGCAACAUGCUGGACACCAUUGACUUGGUGGAGUGCCUCCAGAACAAGAACUACAAGGAGCUCAUCGAGCAGAACAUCACUCCUGCAAAGUACCACAUUGCUUUCGGGCCCGUCAUCGAUGGGGACGUAAUACCGGAUGACCCGCAGAUCCUGAUGGAGCAGGGGGAGUUCCUGAACUAUGACAUCAUGCUAGGCGUCAAUCAAGGGGAGGGAUUUAAAUUUGUGGAUGGCAUUGUGGACAGCGAAGAUGGCGUGUCUGCCAACGAUUUCGAUUUUGCCGUGUCCGACUUUGUUGAUCACCUCUACGGGUACCCGGAGGGGAAAGACACCCUCCGAGAGACUAUUAAGUUCAUGUACACGGACUGGGCUGACAAGGAAAACCCAGAAACCCGUAGAAAGACUUUGGUGGCGCUUUUCACCGACCACCAGUGGGUGGCACCAGCCGUGGCUACAGCAGAUCUCCAUGCUCAGUACGGCUCACCAACUUACUUUUACGCCUUCUACCAUCACUGCCAAAGUGACAUGAAGCCCAGCUGGGCAGACUCAGCCCAUGGAGACGAGGUUCCCUACGUGUUCGGGAUCCCCAUGAUCGGUCCCACAGACCUCUUCAAUUGCAACUUCUCCAAGAACGACGUCAUGCUGAGCGCUGUCGUCAUGACCUACUGGACCAACUUUGCCAAAACUGGAGACCCAAAUCAGCCAGUCCCCCAAGAUACAAAAUUCAUCCAUACGAAACCGAACCGCUUUGAGGAGGUGGCCUGGUCCAAGUACAACCCCAAGGACCAGCUGUACCUGCACAUUGGUCUGAAGCCCAGGGUCAGGGACCAUUACCGGGCCACCAAGGUUGCUUUCUGGCUGGAGCUGGUCCCACACCUGCACAAUAUAAAUGAACUCUUCCAGUACGUAUCGACGACAACCAAGAUCCCUCCGCAGGACACCACACCCUUCCCUUACACCAAGCGUUUCCCAGGGAAGAACUGGCCCUCCACCACCCGGCACCCCAUCGUCCCCCCGGGCAACACCAAGCAGGUGACGGACCAGCACAAGACAGACGACCCCGACGAGACGGCCGUAAUCAUUGAGAACAAGCGGGACUAUUCCACCGAGCUCAGCGUCACCAUCGCUGUGGGGGCCUCCCUCCUCUUCCUCAACAUCCUGGCCUUCGCCGCUCUGUACUACAAGAAGGACAAGCGCAGGCACGAGUCGAACCGCCGGCCCAGCCCACAGAGGAACGCCAACACCAACGACAUCGCCCACAUCCAGAACGAGGAGAUCAUGUCCCUGCAGAUGAAACAGCUGGAGCACGACCACGAGUGCGAGUCGCUGCAGGCACACGACACUCUCCGCCUCACCUGCCCACCCGACUACACCCUCACUCUCCGCCGCUCCCCCGACGACAUCCCACUCAUGACCCCCAACACCAUCACAAUGAUCCCCAACUCGCUGGCCGCCAUGCAGCCAAUGCACACCUUCAACACCUUCAGCAGCACACAGAACAGUACUAACCUCCCCCACGGACACUCCACCACACGGGUAUAGCUCUGCCCCCCCCCAACACAAUCAGCCAGCCUCCACCCGGGAAGGGCAGGGGCAGGGUGACGGGCCUGCUGGGGUGGGGUAGGUGGGCGGAGGGGAAUUUCAAUCACAACUCUAUUUAGGCAAAUAAAAAAUAAAAACAAUAAAGAAAAUAUAUAUUGAGUUAACUUUACCCCUAAUGAGACUGAUCACAGAAGAUACUAUUUUGUUACUGAGCCUUCUUGAAAUAUAUAUUGGAGCUGAACUCAACUUAACUGUGAAAUGUGAAAGGUGAAUGUCACUAUAGUAAUACAGCAUUCAGACAAAAAAACUUCUGGAAGGAUCAAAUUAAAUUCCAUGAAAAAACAAACUGAACAUUUUUUUCCACUUUCAAAACACUGGUACAGUAUAGAAGACAAAAGCAUAAAGUAUAUUUCUGUGUGUAGCAAGUGAUAAGGUAACAAAAAGCUAUGUAUGUGCCAUACAUUGUAUGCCAAGAACAACCACAAGGAUUCUGUUGUACAUGAAAAGCUUUUCUAAAUGAAAGACAAACAGUUUGAAUUGCAGGGACUAUGCAGUUGACAUGAUGUAGAAUCUGGAGAUAAAAGCAAAGUCAGUUUUUUUUUUUCCCAGCCUGAAUUGUAUUUAUGAAACUUUGUAAAAACGGAAAACUAUGUAAAUAGUUGUGAGUAAAACAUACUAAAACAGAACAAACGAAAAAGCUUUUAUUGUUGUUUUGAGUUUAAAUGACUUUUAUGAGGCUCGUGCUUUCGGUUGUGUGUAAAUAUGUUGGUCAUAUCAUUUUUACAAAAAAGAAGUUGAAUCCAUAUUCAUUUUCAAUAGAAAAAGAAAAAGACUUUGUUUGAAAGCAUAUAUCUUAGAUUAUCUUAGUGCAUCAUGACCUUCAUUUCUGCCAACACUUGCAUGUUUGAGUAUUUCUUUACAACUGCAUUGAAAGUGUACUGUCUUAAUUGGGGGUUGAUCAAUGGUCACCUGAAUGGUGGGACAGCACAUCAAAUACAGGAGCAGCCACAUGAUUCCUGGUGCCACAAAAUUAUAUAUAUAUAUAUAUAUAUAUAUAUAUAUAUAUAUAUAUAUAAUUUGCAUAUGUAUGUUAUGUGGUAAUCAAUUAACCCAUAUAUAAAAACUUGUUUUCAUGCUUCUCCAUACUUUGCUGCUUAGUAUGGUUUUAUUAUAGACAUUAUUAUUAUUUUAUUUUUUAAAUAAUUUUUUUUUUAGCAACCUACACACUGCCUCAGCUUCAAAAGUGACCAGCAUUGCAUAAUUUAGAACAAGGCAGUGGGCAUUGAUGCUUUAAUUAACAUUAGUUGAAUAUGUUUGUAAAGAAAUAUUUGUUAGAUAUUUCAAAUUGUCAUUUGCUAGCAAUAUGUAAGUAUUGUACCGGGCUUGUGAUACUUUGGGUUAAAAAGCAAGUGAAUGAGAUUAUAAUAGUCAUGGCAAUGAUGGUGAGGAUGGUGAUGAUGGCAAUUAAAAUCAUAAUAGUACUAAAAAUAACCAUUAACCCAAUCAUUUUAUUUAUUUUUGUUUUAUUUUUGUUUGUUGUUUUCUGUAAGUAUGCAUCCUUUUUUAAAAGAAGGGAAAUGACAGAAAGUAAAAAAGAAAAGAAAAUCACCAUGGAUGAUUACAGUGUUACUUUUGUAAAUUUAAACACAGGAGGUACGCAUCCUGGCCUGUGAUUCUUCAGCUGUCGAGGCACGCAGGGUUUCAGCGUAGGAUAUUAAAUUGUAUUGUUUGUCUCAUUUUGUUUGCAGUUUUUGCCUUAAGUGAUAGACAAUAUUUCUGGCUGUACACCUGUAUAAAUUUUUUCUGCUGCAUUUUUAAUAAAAUAUCACAAUAUUUUCUAACA